AUGGCAAGACAGAGGAGUCAUCUCAGGACGACCGAACACCCCAGUGAACGCACCGUCCCCUUGUGCCAGCGACUGUGCCGCGAUGAAUCCAAGACGGCGAUACUAGGGCCAGUACAUCCUCCGGGGUGCGCAGCCAUCCCGCUCCGAGCAAUUCUGGUCACUUCCAACCUCUCGAAAGUUGAACAAGAUGUUUCGACAACUGGCCAUGUCUGCAACACGAAGAGGCGGGUCCGGGAGAAGCGAUGGCCGCCGGAAGUGAACUCAUGGGUCAGCGAGUACGCCAUCGCGCAUCCCUGCUUCUACAUAGAGGAGUUCGAAGAGGCGCUGCGACUGCAGUUCCCGUCGCUCAACAACAUCUCAGCGUCUACGAUAUGCAGAGCGCUCAUGUAUGAUCUAGGAUUAACGCGAAAAGAGAAACGUGCCCGCGAGGCUGAUGAGUUUGAACUUCGGGACUACUAUCGGCGCUUAAGCCCGUACUACUCAUACCCUGAUCAACUGGUCUUUGUCGAUGAGACAUCGAAGGACGGCCGGGACUCAAUCCGCAAGUACGCCUGGUCGAAGCGGAAUCAAAAGGCGAUUGUGGACUUGCCCUUUUCUCGUGGUCAACGAGUUUCCGCUCUGGCUUCAUUUACGACUGCAGAGUUUUUGUCUUGGGAAUAUCGAUGGUAUGAUUGA